UCGUUCUGCUAUACUAUCUAUUGAAAGUAUUUAUAUAACUUAUCCUACCCGAAUCGAGAAUAAAGAAGAACUACAAAAUCAAAUUUUACGACAGGUCGAAAAAUUAAUAGGAGAAAUAACUGAAGCCCGAUUAACAGCAAAGAAAAAAUAA